GGUUACUUUACAGCGGAUUCUGUUGGAGAAUUGAUCACAAAUAUACUUGGAUUCUGUGAGAAUUGAUCACACAUGUACUUAACGUUCAAGUAGAACUAGACCGAUGUCACCAAUUUUUCAUCAGAUCAAGCAUUUUCAAUCUGGAUAGUCGAUUGUUAAUAUUACGAGGAAUAAAAUAAAACUACAGUAUAAAUGGACCCCGGAGGGAAUCGAGAGAAAGGACAUUAGAGCAUGGGCACAUACCAAGAUAUAGGCCUGUACCUGCCGUCCACACAGCUUAGCUUUAAUCACAUACAGGAAGUCGUCGAAGAUUGCAUCAUUGUCUGUGAAUUAAUUACAGCAUAUUCUAAAACGCGAGACUCUUUCAAUUAAAUGCUGGACAAUUUCCGUGUUGUCUUUUGGUUUAAUCCUCUCCUACUAAACAUGAAAUUUAGAGAAAAACUCUUAUCGGAUUCCAGUUAAGAGAGAAAAAACUGUUUAUGGGAUUACAGUUAAAGAGAGAGAAAGAGGAGAGAGAUUCAAUAAAAGAACAUGGAAUUUUAGAAAGAGAUCCAACAAUGAGACCUUUAUGUUAGAGAGAGUAAGACCCACUUUUAGAGAGAGAGGGAGAAUAGUAAAGUACCUUAGCCGCGUUGCAACAUAUAUUGGUGAGAGAAAGGGGGACCGUGGUAGAGAGAGAAAGAGACCCACCGAGCAUGUGCGAGCGCAACCAGCCGCAUACCACCAACAGAUAGGCAAGAGAGAGAGAGAGUGAGUUUUAGAGAGAGAAAAAGGAGAUGGUACAUCCACCUACCCACCCAAGAAGACCAAAUGGAUAAAAAAACCCCGAGAAAGAAGGCACGACUCUCCCCAAUCAAAGCAUGCAACGCCGUUACCAACAUGUGCUCCCCCGUCAGCACUACAUGCUUUCCAGACUGUUACGACUUUCUCACUCUAACAUUUCUCUCUCUUAACCCAACAAAAACGCAAUCCUUUCCUGUCUCUCUCUAACGCACGGCAAAUCGGAUCUCCACCCCCCUCCUCUCUCUCUCUCUGAAAAACUGUCCAAUCCAAAGAGAAAUCUCUCUCUCUCUAAAACACUGACCCAUACGGCGUCUCCUAUGUUGUGUCCUGCUCUGCACUUUUCAUUUUCCCACCAUUAAAAAACCGAAACUCUUUCUCUCUCAUUCCAUUUGCCUCCUGCGCCGCCCAAAUGCCAGGUAUGCCUCCCCUUUUUUAACUCCUCUAUCCAACAACUAGGGUUUUUCUCUCUCUCUCUCUCUCUCUCUCUCUCUUCAACUUUCUUCUCUCUGUCUAGGGUUCCUCUCCAUCACCCCCAAUGCAAAUGCAGCUCCACUGCUCCCUCUUUCUCCCUCUACCUCUUCCUCAGGGCAGCACUUAGGGUUUCAGUUCUCUCUCUUGUUUCUCUCUCUACCUUAUUGGGAAUGCGGCUCCCUUGCUUGCUCAUUCUCUCUCUAAUUUCUCCCCUGCUUGCCCAACCCUCAUCCCAUAACGAUGUCCAGUCUUUACUGGAAUUCAAGAAAGGGAUUCACAGUGACCCAUGGGGCCAUAUCGACACAUGGACCACCGACUCUCUUCGCUCUGAUGGUUGCCCUGAUAACUGGCAUGGAAUCGAAUGCACAGAUGGUAAAGUGACGUCGAUCGCUUUAGAUGGGCUCGAAUUGGUUGGUGACCUCAAAUUCUUCACACUCUAUGGCCUGAAACAGAUCAAGAAACUCAGUCUCUCGAAUAAUCACUUGACUGGUAGGCUUGUCCCGGCGAUUGGGGCGAUAAGUUCAUUAGAGCAUUUGGAUCUAUCAAACAAUUCGUUUUAUGGGCCAUUGCCUGGUCGAUUAUUGCAGCUGUGGAGCUUGAUGUAUUUGAAUUUGUCUAAGAACAGCUUUGAGGGAUCGAUCCCGUCUGGUAUUCAGGCCUUGCAAAAAUUGAGGGUGGUUGAUUUGGGGGGGAAUAAACUUACUGGAAAUCUCCCCGUUUUUGAGGUAUUAUCCUCAAUUGAGAUAAUUAGGCUUGGGAAUAAUCAGUUCCAGGGUUUGAUUAAUCCCGGGCUCUUGAGAGAGGGUUCGAUUCCUUUGACUGAGCUGGAUCUUAGCUGCAAUAAUUUUUCAGGUUCCAUUGACAAUAUCACUUCUAAAACUUUGAAGUUAUUGAAUCUUUCAUCAAAUGUUUUAUCAGGUUCACUGCCUGGUAGUCUUGGGAACUGUACAGUGGUGGAUUUGAGUAAAAAUAUGCUUUCGGGAAAUUUGUCGGCAAUGGGGAGUUGGGAAGAUACUUUGGAGGUUAUUGAUCUGAGCGACAAUGCAUUGAUUGGAAGCGUUCCAAAUGAGAUGUCCCAGUUUUUUAGUUUGACAUCAAUUAAGAUAAGAAACAACUCCUUGACGGGUAGUCUCCCACAAGUGUUAGAGACCUUACCUAAGUUAAGUGUAAUUGACCUAAGCUUUAACCAACUAACUGGUGGACCUGUUUUAAGUGGUCUCUUGUCAUCACUAACAUUGACUAGCCUGCAUCUAUCAGGCAACCAGUUUACAGGAACGAUAUCUUUUCAAGCCUCAAGGCCUAUCGUGUCUGCUUCAAUUGGCAUGCCUUCUCAUUUAUCCUUGGAGUUUCUUGAUCUUUCUAACAACUUGCUGAGUGGCUCUUUGCCUCCAGAUAUUGGAAAGAUGGAUAGGCUUAAGUUGCUGAAUCUUGGGCAUAAUAGUUUGUCUGGAGAGAUGCCAAUUGAGAUAAGUGGGCUUACUAGCUUGGAGUAUCUCGAUCUCUCUUUUAACCAUUUUAAGGGGAGCAUACCUCAAGAACUUCCACUUAGUGUGAAAACGCUCAAUGUGUCCUAUAAUGAUUUGUCAGGUAUUAUUCCUGAAACAUUGGAGAGAAGAUUCCCUGAUUCUUCAUUUCAUCCUGGGAAUGACUUACUACUCUUUUCAGUAAAUCCAUCUCCGAAGAAUGGAGUUCCUGAUAAAGGUUUUAGUGGUGAACAUCAUAGUCAUUUAAAAUCUGGUAUCAAGGCAAUCAUCAUUGUUGGAUCUAUUUUUGGGGCCUUGGUAAUGAUAGGCUUGCUUCUAUUGUUUCAUCAUCGUAAACACCUGCAGGAAUUUGGUGGACGCAGUGAUAAAAUCACUGGAAGGGAUAUCAAGCAUGGGAGGUUUACUCCCCCUGAUCUUUUUGGGCUUCGGAAAAACAUUGAACCGUCUCCAACUCCACUGAGUUUCUCCACCGAUCACUUGCUUUCAUCCCAGAGUAGGUCCAUAUCAAUGCAGAAACAUUUGCCAGAGGAAACUGCCGAAUCAAGUCUUAUUGAGUUACGAGAAGAAGUCUCAGAAACAGGGAAGACGGAUCUUUGUGAUAGUGCUCCUCCAGAAAACAGGAAAGGUUCUCCAAGCCCCCGCAUUUCUUCAUCUCCUCGUUCUAAUGAUCCUUAUGUACCUGAACAACCAGUAAUUUUAAAUGUCUAUUCUCCUGAUCGAUUAGCCGGGGACCUGUUUUUCUUGGACAGUUCACUGGUAUUCACAGCUGAGGAAUUAUCUCGUGCACCAGCUGAAGUUUUGGGCAGAAGCAGCCAUGGAACUUCAUAUAAAGCCACUUUAGAUAGUGCUCAUAUGCUAACAGUGAAGUGGUUAAGAGAGGGCCUUGUCAAACACAAGAAAGAAUUCUCCAAGGACGCAAAACGUAUCGGAAGCAUCAGGCAUCCAAAUAUUGUUUCGAUAAGAUGCUAUUAUUGGGGGCCCAGGGAACAUGAGAAGCUGAUUAUAUCAGACUAUAUCAAUGCAGAGAGCCUUGAAAUCGUUCAUCAUCCUCAAGCCCCUCCUCUGUCAUUUCGCCAGAGACUUAAGAUUGCCAUCGACGUCGCCCGAGCUCUUUGUUAUCUCCAUCACGAGAAAGGCCUACCUCAUGGCAACCUCAAGCCCACAAACAUUCUUUUAACGACACCCCCUGAUUUCACAGCUCGCCUCACUGACUACAGUCUCCAUAGGCUAAUGACCACAAUUGGCACAGCUGAUCAAAUCUUAAACCUAGGGGCCCUAGGUUACAGGGCCCCAGAAUUAGCCAAUGCAAAUAAACCAACCCCUUCUUUCAAAGCUGAUGUCUACGCACUUGGGGUUAUUAUUAUGGAACUUCUUACUGGUAAAAGUGCAGGUGAUAUAAUAUCAGGCCAUUCAGGAGCUGUUGAUCUUGCGGAUUGGGUUCAAUUAUGUGCAAGUGAUGGGAGAGGGGCAGAUUGCUAUGAUGUACAGGUUGUGAGUUCAGAGGGGGUUCUCAGAGAGAUGGAUGAUUUGCUUGCAGUUUCUUUGAAGUGUGUUCUUCCUGUCAAUGCAAGGCCUGAUAUUAGAACAGUCCUUGAUGAUCUCAGUUCUAUAAGUUAGGAUUGAGGCUUUUCUAGUUUGUGACAUGUGUACCAAGAGUAGUGUUGUAGUAGGGUUUUUUGAGUUGUUGAUUUUGUUGUGAGAUUUUCCUUUUUUUUCCUGAGCUGAGCUAACCUUGGCAUUUUUGUGUAAAGAGAAAUUAUUGAUUGAUUGAUUGAUUUGUAAUUUACAUGGUGAA